AUGACGAGUUCGCAGUUCAUCACGGACGCGCUGAAGGACGUGGAGGCCGAGCUCAACAAGGGCACAGUCCAGGCUGAGGAGGCGGUUGGACCGAAUCCUCCUGGCUCGACCGCUCAAGGUGCCGACCAAGGAUCCCAGCCCAAGCGCCGGAAGGUCAUCGUCGACUUUGAGGAGGUCAGCGACGAGAAGGAGGGCGACAGCAGUUCCGGAAGCUCAUCCGAGGUUGACGAGGACACCGAGGCGCGGGAAAGGCGAGCCAAGCUCCUGGAGGAUGUGCCGUUUUCAGUUCAACGAAACCUGGCAGAGCGACGCAAGCGGCAGGAAGAGGCCUCGAUGGAUCCCCACGCCUUGGACUUCGUGAAGAAGCAGCGCAUGCAUGAGGCGUUGUCCAAGACCUUCGGAGCCCCGACAAAGCUGCAGGAGGGCGAGCUGCGCAAUCGCAUGGAGCAGGCCUAUGCGCAAGUGCGCUCGGUGCGGAAGGUGAUCCGGAGAAAGGGGAAGGAUGAGCUUCCCAAGAAAGGGAGGCAGGCUGCGACCGUGGAUGUGUUGACUGCAACCGCCGAUUUGGCGGUUCCCUACUUCAAGCCAGGCGAGUUCGAGGCCCUCGUCAAUGACACGAUCGGCCAAUGGAUUUUGUGGACGGGCUCGUCACGGCUCGUCAAGGUGGGCCGGGGUCUCGAGAUCUAUGAAGUGAGUGCCUCCCUCCACCGUGCCGAGAUGGAGGGUGUGACGGAGGUGGUCACAGGCCGGGCCCGGGCUGAGUACCAGUGGUCGAAGCUAGACAAUGAGUGGCGGCGCAGCUACAUCGACCCCUUGAAGAAGGCGGUCGGCGUUUACUUGGAGCACAACGGCAUCAAAGGCGUGCCAAAAGGCCAGAUGGUGGACCCGGCCAGAGUGCUGGACUCGCGCUUCGUUUUGACCAACAAGGGCGGUCCGACGCUCAGUGAUGCUGAAUUGAAGGCCAGGUGGAUCUUUGGUGGACACAAAGAUCCAGAUGCGGGGCUCUACGACACAUCGUCGCCGACGGCCAGCAUUCUGGGCCACAACUUGAUCAACUUUGUGGCCGUCCAAGAAAAAUGGGUGGUGCAUUUCGAGGACGUGAGCGCUGCCUUUCUUCAAACCAAGGAGCUUCCCCGAAAAGAGCGCAUCUACGUCAAGGUGCCCAAGGGAUACCCCCCAGAAGUCAUCGACUACCUCGUUGCCGAGCUGGGUGACGAUGUGCGUGACGAUCUGGUGGAGCUUACAAAGGGUGGCUUCGGUUUGCCCGAGAGCCCGCGCUUGUGGUACCUCGAGUACAAGGACACCAUCCAGGACUUGGGCUUGAUGGAGAUGAGCCUGCUUCCAGGUGUUUUCCGGGCCUUUCAUCCUCCUCCUCGACGCAGAGUCCGGGCCCUGGCAAGCAUCCACGUGGACGACACAAGAUAUGCAGGCGAUGAGACGGCCCAAGAAAUUUGGGAUCAGCUGAGGAUGAGGUUGAAGUUUGGCAAGCAGCGAAAGGCGACCGAUGGCUGGGUCAAGUUCUGUGGCCGUUGGGAAAGGCAAGAUCCCGAGACAUUGGAGAUGGAGUACUCCAUGGAGGAGUACACCAAGGCCAUACCGUUCGCUCGGGUGCGGCCUUCGACAACCACUUCUUCGGCGUCUACGGCUUCCACGCCGGCUUCAACCACGGCGAGCCCAAGGUCCGGACCAUCCUCAGCACCUACGGCAUCCACGACUACGCCGACGGCUUCCUCGACGACUUUGCCCGCGGAGGAGAAAGGGCCAGGGCACAGUGAGUGGAUGUCCGAGCCGAUUGCCGGUGACUCCGACUUGCAUGUGGGACUACCUGCAGGAACGAGUGGAGCAGCUCCCCGCCAACGUGGAACAGUUGACGGAGGCGGAGAAGAAAGUGAUCAGUUCGAUUGUUGGACAGUUGCGGGCCGCUCGGCAAGGACGAUACGACCUCUCCUACGUGAGUCAAGCGAGCGCGGCACCUUCAAGGUUCGAAAUUUGGGCUGCCCCCUGGACGAGCUGGUCGUGAUCUCUGUGAGUGAUGCAGCUUACGGGGCGAUGCCAGGUGGGCACAGUCAAGGGGGCAACUUGGUGAUGGUGGCUCACCCGAGUGCCGAGUGUUCUUCAAGGUGCUCUAUGUCGGCCGAGAUUUCUUCCCUGGCCACGGCUUAUGAGCAUGGCGACUUCGUGCGGGCGGUGCUGGCCGAGCUCCUUGACUCCACCUUCGAGAUCCAGCGAUGGAAGGGUCGAUGGCGUCACAUCCUGGCUACGGAUGCGAAGACUGGUUAUGAUGCUGUGUCGAGCGAGACCUUGCCGAGUGAUCGGAAGAUCGCGAUUGAUGUUGCGGUCCUCCGCCAAGCUGUCCUGGAAGCCGACAAGGGCUGCUACAUCCGCUGGGUGCCGGGUUCUGAGAUGGUCGGGGAUGGUCUCACAAAGUGGGGUCACAACGGAGUGCUUGCUAAAGUCAUCGCCGAAGGCGAAUGGGCACUCGCUGACAAUGACGAAGCCCGCGAGCUUCGCAAAGUGGCUGCUUUGAAGAAAGCUUUAUGGCGUAAAG